CAAUAACAUGUAGGAUUGUAGCACAAAAAGCAACAGAGAAAGCGUCCGCUGCUUUUGAUUCGUUUUGUGUUUGUCCACGGUGAGCAAGCGGAGGUAGAGCAAAUAUUGUGUGGCUUGGACUAGGAAUAGGAGGUUUUGAGCGCUGGAUGCAGGAUCACGAAUUCCUCCGAUAGCAGCAGCCACACAUUGACGGACGUAGCGCCGAGAUCACAUACGACCUGCUUGGUGAAAUAGAAUUGCCUCGCACCAAUGCUAAUAAAGUCUUGCGGAUUUCACUCUUAUGAAGUUAUGUUAUAAGAGCUUUCCAUUGGCAUCUGAAUUCUCAUCGUGUGCUGCAAGGAACUGAUUUCUUCCUAUCGAUAGUCCUCCUGACGCUGUACGAGCGCUCGGCUUGCAAGCAGAUACAAGUGGCAUAUUUGACGAUCGAUCAUUCAUUCGGCCGCAAAGCUCGUUUGCAGCGGACGUAUGCUAGCCCGUCGAACUAAAAUCACUUCUGACGCUGGCCCGGUCGCCUGGAGUACCUGGGCUGUCCGUGGCUGCUGCUUAUGCGCCCUGGAUAUCAGGUCACUGAGAGCGGCGAAUGAACGGGCCGUGGUGUGUUCGUCCCGGCAGUGAUUCCAGUGCUUCGCUAUUGUCGUCUGCGACCUGGUGCCCGAGUGAGUGACUGUGUGAGCGAGUGCGUGUCACCGCGGGUUACAUCUUGACUACUGUGGACUCGUCACGGAAUCCGGUACCGUUGACCCGACUCUGGAAUCUGUGCUGUCACUAGAAACACGUCUGACACAGCACAGGACACAGCCCUGGACACAGCCCUGGACACAGCCCUGGACACAGCCCUGGACACAGCCCUGGACACAGCCCUGGACACAGCCCUGGACACAGCCCUGGACACAGCCCUGGACACAGCCCUGGACACAGCCCUGGACACAGCCCUGGACACAGCCCUGGACACAGUGCAAUCACGCGAGUAACACGUGUGACACCGCAAGAACCGGACGCUAUGAUGACCAGCCCCGGCCGGCGCCCGACGCACUCGCACGGCACUCGUGCCGACAUUGGCGGCAGUGGCGGGGGCUCACUGAACUACAGCACGAGCUCGUCCAUCAGUAACCGACUGGAUUCGAGCGAGGACGAUGAAAACAACGACACGGUCAGAGAUGCGACGGCCGCGACCGCCUACUCGGACGACUUUGACUCCGAAGAGGAGCUAGAGCGGGAGAAACGCUCGCCCACGCCGUACACACUCGCAUCGUACUCAUCCAGCCGCCACUCGGUCGACAGGGACGACGACGAUGAUGGCGGUGGCGGUCGGUCGGCGGGCGUCGUGCUGCCGCCGAUCGGCACGCACACGCAGGGAGGCCUGGUGCAGCCCAGGGCUGCCGCUCGGGCGCGUCAAUCGCAGCCUGCGGCAGAGGCAGCCAUGGGCAGGAGCAGACCGGCGAAGAAGAAGACUAGCAACGCCGGAUAUGGUGCUGGUCAUACUAAGAAGAACGCUACCAGUUGGCAAUCGACUCAAAAGACUAGGCGGACUUCGUCUCCGCUUAGCUUUUCCAGUCGAACAGGACCGUCCACCAACACCACGCUGCGGUUCACCUCUGCCAAACGCAAUCGGUUCGCUGCCCUCCGCAAUGAACUGAAGCUAGUCAAAGACCAGGUGGAGGAGGCUAGGAGAGAGAACAAGUUGCUACACGAAACAAACCGUCGCACUGAGAAGGCCCUGCAUCGCUAUGAGGGCCAUGAGGAUGGACUGGCCAGCAUCCUUCAGAGACACGAGAGCGAGAUCCGUGCGCUCAAGCAGCAGCUACGCAGCAGCAAACAGACCUCCAUGGCCCUGGAGCAGAGACUGCAAGCUCGUCAGGAUGAACUACAGCAGGCGCAGCGCAAGUGUAAUCGCCUUGAGCAGAUGGUAGCUUCGCGAGACCUCAAGGAGCGGACCCAACUCACGUCCGAACUGCAGGUAGCAAACGAACGACACGACCGGCAGGACUUGCAAAUUCGGAAACUACAAAAGCAGCUGGCCAUGGACGAGAAGAAUCAGAAACGCCAGCAGGCCAAGUCGAAAGAGGAGAUACGCCGCCAAGACGCCGCGGUACACGAGCUGGAGCAGAGAUUGCGCACUAUGCACGUGCAGCUGAAGGAACGGGAGAAGGAGCUCCAAGUGAAGAACAUUUACAGCCAGCGCAUCAGCCACAACAUGCCGGCUAACCUGAAACUGCCGCCCAUCGCCAGCACCCAGGACGUGGCAACCUCUACCGCUGAUCUAAGUGUUGCCAUGUCAACGCGGGGCGACGCUAGCAGCUUAGCCCUGGAUGUGGUGAGCGGGCUAAACAGCGUGCAGACCAGCCCUCGCAACCUGGCCCCCAGCGUACAGCAGCAACAGCACACGCCUCGUAACCCAACGUCCACCGUCGGCAGCGUACAGCCGACCCCACGCAGCACGGCGCCUGCGGGUAGCAUCCAGUCUACACCCCGCGAUUCGAUCACCGUACAAUCUCCACAGUACACAUCCCCACCGAUGCAUGCAGGCAGUACAUAUACAAGUCCUAGACAAGGCCUCGGUAGCGAGUCGUCAAUUCCAGGGGAGAACGUCAGUGGGGACGACGUGGAGGAUCUCACCGCGCAUGGUGACGUCAGUGGUCACGCUCCAGUAGAUAACACCACUGCGUCAGGUGGCAACACAUCGCGAUCGCAGCAGCCUGCCGAUGCCGAUGCAGCUGUGACUGGCGUAGCGACAACAACACCUGGACGGGUAUCAAACACGUUUGUCACUCAGCAGGAGCAGAUCACCGGUGCGAGCCACGUCACGGCGGGCGGAGGAGCAAAGCCUGCGCGGAAUGUGUUCCAGUCGUACGACCCCAGUGCGGCUGGCAACUCCUCAGUGCAAACGGGUAACGAGCCAUCUGCCGUGUCCGUGGCUACGGCCCAGCCAACCCAGCAGCAGUCCCGCGUCAACCUGUUCCGGAGGCAUGACCCGACUCUCGCCGCCACCAGCUCAACGCCAUCGCUGCACGUCAACGAACCACCGUUGCAUUUUAAGCCGGCCAAGAUGUCCUCCGACGCCGGGGCAGGACCAGCACAUGUCCCAGCGGCAGCAGGUGCAACGCUCGGUCAGCAACCGAACAUCGUGCAGUCGGAGGAAGCCAGGCGCAAGGAGGAAUCCAAGCGCAAUCUUCUCGCCAUGCUGAAGGGGACAGCCAAAGGUGACCUUGCUGCAGGUGCAGGCCGCCCGGGCGCUCAACAACAGCCGCCGCCGCAGCAGCAGCGGGUGGAGACGAUGGACGAGGCGACGAAGAGUCGUGUGAAGCAGGAGAUGAGGCGCAUGGUGAUGCAGAGUGACACGGAGGCGGAGACGGAGAAGACGAUGAGCAACAACAUCUCCACGACAACUCUGGCCGGCAGCGAGCAGAGCGUGGGACGUGACCUCCGGUCCGGUCGCCACAGUCCCCCGCCGCCAGCGCAGCAGCAGAUCAACUGGCCCAGACCCGUGGAGAACCUGCACGCCGGGAGGCCGGCGUCCUACGGCAGCACGGCAGCGGGUAGAGAGCAGGGUGGUGGUGGUGGUGCGGGUAUUCCCCGGGGAGCAGCAGCUGGUGGCAGUGCCGGGGCUGGCCGACGGGGCACCGCCGACUUCUGGAACGCCGAUCGGCGAAUCGAUUCCGCGUCGAGCGUGCGAGCUCAGAGGGGUGAAAGCGAGGUGGACGAGAAAUUCAUCCGUCGCAAGCCGCCCACCGGCCUCCAGCCGAAGCGCCGCCGUCCCGGGCCCCAGCGCGGUGGCGGGCCCGGUGACAGCUCCGAGGUGACGACAACGACUACCACAACGUCCAGCAGCUUCGAGACGCCGCACCGUGGCGGCAACGUCGCUCAGGCGACGGCGCACAACAGCACGGGCGGCGACGGCGGGUUGGCACGACGACAGUUGCCGCGACGAUCUACGAACCGCGCGGUCGUGCCGGACACGACGGACGACGAGGGGAUGUACGACACGCGGGCCCAGCGUCGACCGCCGCGGGGCCUGGGAUCCAAAUCGAACAGCGGCUUGCUGGGCAGCAGCCAAGUCGACCUGUUUGGCGAUCCAGUCGGCGUUGGCGCGAGCGGUGGCACUGAUCGCAACAAGCCGGCGGCGCUGACGUUCAAAACUCCCAUGGGCGUGCAACCGGUCACAAUGGUUUAUCACACAUCCGGCGGUGGUAUCGCACACACUGGCGGCGGAGGUGGCUACGGGGGAUUGUCUCACUCGUCGAGCCGCAUCAGCGUAGACGAACUGCCUGGCGACGCCAAUACGUCAUCACAGCCACCACCGCAGUGGGCACAGCAGCCAGGCACCUCCAGUGUAAACGCACCGCUGCGGACAAACUAUCCGCAUUACGACGACGACGAAGACGACAUCGAGGAGAUUCCGACGGUGAUAUCGAGGAGAUAGAAGCGUAGCGUUGUGUGCGCACAUACACGCACACACCACGUCAGUAACUUGAGCUUCAUUGCACAGUCGCGCUCGGUUGAAAUCCGACCCAGAGUGCAAAGCUGGUGGCCUGGACUAGCACCGAUUACAGCAUAGUAUUUGUAGAUGUGUGCGUCCUGCCGUAUUUGUACCACUUCCAGAUCGUCAAGGCCGUGCUAGUUGAGGGCGACAAAUCUGCACUCUGGGUGGGAUAUCACCGAGCACGACUGCACUAGUACCAGUUGUGACCAUACAUUGAUCGCUAAUACUCAGGCUUGCCGUUGAUUCCUGUUCGUUCGCCCUGUGCGAGCGCGUGCAAUGCUGACAGCUUCUGCAUCACUAUCUCACCCAUAUUACCUUUGGUUUGACACAUGACUGUGAACAUUCAAGUCGUUGACCGGAAUUUGCUAGUUGGCCCGAUAGUUUUUGGUUGAUUUCAAUGCCUGUGCUACCAGUAUUCCAACAAUAACAUAAUAAUAAUUAUUAUUGUUAACUCAUUGAUGUAUACGGGCAGCCAGAGUAGCCUGUAAAAUUGAUACGAGCAUAUUAUAUUGAUAGUCAGACCUCGCUUAACCGCACACAUCCGUUUUCCACAAAAAUAUCCGUUUAGGCGAGGGAACCGGAUAAACCGAACACCGGUUAUGUUGGAUGCAUCACGUAUCCUGUAAAUCUGCAACCAGCUACUUUCUUCCGGAUGGCGAGGGAUUCGGAUAAAAGAGGACCGGAUAAGCGAGGCCUGCCGGUACUUCGAAGUAAAACAAUCCAGGCAGUGGGCGAAUGUGCGCGGUGUGGUAGUCUAGGCGUAUCCAUCCACGUAUUUCAUGGCUGUGCGAGGCAGUCGGUAUGAAGUUUUUUUUGAACUGAUCCCAGGUUUAAUAGGACAGAA